AAGAUGCCACUGGUAAACAGGGAAAUAAAGGGAAGUAGGACUACCAUCAUCUCUCUUGGCAACAGGGGCCAUGCUACUGCACCGUGUGUGUGUGAUAUUGGCAUUCUUCGGUUUAUGCCUGACUUUCUACACACCACAAUGUGAAGGAGGAAACAUUUUGGUGUACCCCGUAGAUGGCAGCCACUGGAUCAAUAUGAAGAUUCUGCUAGAAGAACUUCAUGCCAGGGGACACAACUUGACUGUGAUCAGAGCCUCUACCAGCUGGUACAUCCCAGAAAAGUCUCCUCUCUACACUUCCAUUACUUAUGAAAUGGGUAAAGAUGUAGAGAACUUUUUUGAUGUGUACUUUGAGAAGCAUAUGAAGAUACAGAGAGAAGGCGCUUCACUGCUGACAUUCCUCAAGCUCACCACGGCUUUCCUUUCUAUGCUUUAUCAGGGCCAUGCACUCUGGGUUGAUGCUAUAAUUCAAAUCUUUGAAAAUCAGAAUUUGCUCAGAAGCAUAACUGAUUCUCAGUAUGAUCUGGUUCUCACUGAUCCAGGAAUAGGACCAGGGGUUGUAUUAGCCAAAUAUCUCAAGCUGCCCUUGGUGCUCAAUGUGCGAUGGAUCACCAGUGGAGAUGGCCACUUUGUGUUGGCCCCCUCACCACUCUCUUAUAUUCCUGUGCCAGGAUCUGGGUUAACAGACAAAAUGGAUUUCAUCCAGAGGGUCAAAAACAUGCUUUUCCAUGGAAUCAUAUUGUUCCAGGAAAAAAUCGUGCUGGGGCCUAUUUAUAAUUCUCUCUGUGAUAAAUAUAUUGGAGGUGGACAUGAUAUUGUCUCACUGCUUCAGGAAGCAGAUAUUUGGCUGUUCAGGUCAGAUUUUGUGUUUGAUUUCCCCCGACCCACGAUGCCAAAUGUCGUCUACAUUGGAGGGUUCCAGUGCAAACCAGCCCAGCCUCUACCAGCAGACUUUGAGAAGUUUGUUCAGAGUGCUGGGGAGCAUGGAGUGAUCAUCAUGUCUCUAGGAACUAUGGUUAACGCCCUGCUCAAAGAGGUUGCUGAUGAAAUUGCCAGUGUCUUUGCCAAGAUGCCCCAGAAGGUGAUAUGGAGACAUAAAGGGGAGCCCCCUUCUACAGUGGGCAACAACACUCUUAUAGUAGACUGGAUGCCACAGAAGGAUCUCCUGGGUCACCCACAGAUCAAAGUCUUUGUCGCUCAUGGAGGAACCAAUGGAGUCCAGGAGGCCAUUUACCAUGGGGUGCCAGUACUCGGCAUUCCCUUGUUCUUUGAUCAGUAUGACAACCUUCUACGUCUGCAAGAAAGAGGGGCUGCAAAGAUCAUUCAGCUAGCUGAUGUUAAUGGCCACACUUUUGAGGAAGGUAUUAAGGAGAUUCUCUAUAAGGACAGUUACAGGCAGAACAUACAAAGGCUGUCGCGUUUGCACAAGGAUCAACCUAUAAGCCCUAUGGAUCGGGCUAUAUUCUGGGUAGAGUAUGUGAUGCGCCACAAAGGAGCCCCUCACCUUCGUACAGGGGCUUAUAAGAUGCCCUGGUACUCAUACCACAGUUUAGAUGUUCUUCUUGUAUUGUUGGCUGCAGUGACUAUGCUCCUUUUCUCUGUUUUUGCUGUCUGUAGAUUUAUAUGCUGCAGAAGAGCAAAAAAGUCUAAAACUAAACAACACUGAUUGUUGAUGAAUUUAUUUGAGAAAUAUGUAAUUUUGAGUUCCCACCCAUUUUAUAUUCAGAUAAAUAAAGAAAUUGUCUCUGAUUUUAAAAACACUGAGAAGUGAAGUGUUUAACAUGCCAUUAAAAAAGCGACUGUCAAAGAAUGAAUUAUAUCAAGUUCUGUUAAUAAGAGAAGCAGCAGUUGAACAUAAUUGUGUAUUAAGUAACAUUAGGUUAAUAUUUGCAUCUAAAGCUACAGGCCAACAUUCAAAGGCUGUCAAGGUUGCAUGAAAAUCAACCAUCAACUCCCAUUGGUCAGGCCCUGUUCUGGGUAGAGGUUGUGAUGAGCCACCAUGGUGCUCUUCACUUAUGUACAGAGGCUUACAAGAUGUUCUGAUACUCAUAUUAUUGUUUAGGUAUUUUUUUUUUGUAAUGUUGACUGUAGUGACUCUGCUGCCAUGGUCUGCGUUGGCUACUUUUAGGUUCCAGUGCUGCAAAAGAAGAAGACAAAAAUCAAACAGAAAUGGCAGCUUGUUUGGACUGUUUUUAUUCCUAUUGGCAUAGAUUUUAGAUUCAAGGUGCUGCAAAUGUUUCUUGGGUCUAUGCUGUUAUAAUGACAUUACUUUGUUCAUGCAAAUUUGUUUGCAACACUAUGAUGGGAAUCACCGGUUUUACAAUAUGCUUUACAAAGACUUAAAUUAAACUUACUGUCAUCUCAAAGAAAUUAGUUUGAGGUGAUAUAUGACAGUUUUAUAAUAUGAUACAUUA